CGGGGAGCGGUUCCGGGGCAACGCGGGCCGGGAGCGGAGCGGAGCGGGCGGUGUGUGAAUCGGGAUUACAGUAGGAGUUUGUCCUGAGAAAACUCCAGUAACUAGUCUUCUUGAGAGCAGUAGAGGAGAAGAGUGCACUGACAAUGGCUGCAGAGUUGGAUUUCUCCCCACCUGAAAUCCCUGAGCCCACAUUCCUGGAGAAUGUGCUGCGCUAUGGACUCUUCUUUGGAGCCAUUUUCCAGCUGAUCUGUGUGCUUGCCAUAAUCCUGCCUGUGUCCAAGUCCCACAAGACAGACUCAGACAGUUUUGAGCCUAAGAAUUCAGAGACUGUGAAGAAGCCAAAGGCAACUGUUCCACAGAUAAGCAAGAAACCUAAGAAGGAAACCAAAAAGAAACGAUAGAGGUGUGACUGAUGAGCCUCCAAAGACCAAAUAACCACCUAUAAUCGUGCUUCCUCAGAGACAGCAUCAAAGGCAACUAACUCUGUCAAUGGUUUUCUGGCAUUGCCCUCUUUUACUUUUCAGGGGCACGGGAGAAGAAGUUUAGAAGAGUGGAAUGGUUGGGCUUCUGCCAUAGAUUUCUUACAAGCAAAGAGAACUUCACAUAUCCAGGACUUCAUUUGACUUGAUUAAUGUGUCAGUCACCAUUAAAGUGACUUCUUCCAGUUCUGGUGGUGUUGGCCUGGCUCCUCCAUGCUAACUGGGGUUUGUAGUAAAGUCCCUGUGGAAAGUGGAGCAUGGGUUUGCUGCUUUGGAUACCGGUUUGUGUUGUGCUUUUUGAAGGCAGAGGGAUCAAAUGCAUCAAGAAUCCCACACUACACAGCUUUGUAUCUCUGUUGUCAUCUAGUCUCAAAUACAUGGCUGCAUUUUAUGGCUUA